ACAGAUAUGAGCAGCCAGCUGAGCCCCGCCCUGGACUCCUAGGGGCGGACCCCAAAGCCCCUUGGCGUCCCUCCGAACCUUUGACUCUCAGAGAAUGGAGCCAAGUACCUGUAAAACCAGUGAAUCAGAGGAAGACUAUGUUGAGGAAGAGGACUCAGAAGAGGACUGCGCUGUUAAAGGCGAAGAAGAUGCCAUCCCUUCUAACCCUCCGCAAGAGGAAUUCUCAAAGGCUGACCACAAAGCAUUUGGGAGUGAGGCUCCCCUACCUGUUGUAGCCAAGAAAAUUACAAAGAAAAUCAUAGCCCCACCUGACCCAGACGACUUAGAAGUUGGGAGAAGAAAGAGGAAGCGGAAACGCAGACCCCUAACGAUCAACCUGACAAACUGCAAGUAUGAGAGUGUGCGCCGAGCAGCCCAAAUGUGUGGCCUAAAGGAGGUAGGGGACGAUGAGGAGUGGGCCGUGUACUGGACAGACUGCUCUGUCUCCCUGGAACGAGUCAUGGACAUGAAGCGGUUUCAGAAAAUCAACCACUUCCCUGGCAUGACAGAGAUCUGCCGCAAAGAUCUGCUGGCUCGGAACCUCAACCGCAUGCAGAAACUCUAUCCUACGGAGUACAACAUCUUUCCCCGCACCUGGUGCCUCCCCGCCGAUUACGGAGACUUCCAGACUUACGGCCGCCAGCGGAAACCCCGCACUUACAUCUGCAAGCCAGACAGCGGCUGUCAGGGGCGGGGCAUCUUUAUCACUCGAAAUCCCCGGGAGAUCAAGCCAGGAGAGCAUAUGAUCUGUCAGCAAUACAUCUCCAAGCCGUUCCUCAUUGAUGGCUUCAAGUUUGACAUGCGAAUCUACGUCCUGUUAACGUCCUGCGACCCUCUUCGAAUCUUCAUGUAUGAGGAGGGCUUGGCCCGCUUUGCCACCAUGCCCUAUGUGGAACCCAACAUCAACAACCUGGAUGAUGUCUGCAUGCACCUGACCAACUAUGCUAUCAACAAACACAAUGAGAACUUUAUCCGGGAUGAUGCUGUAGGCAGUAAGAGGAAGCUGUCAACACUCAAUGCCUGGCUGCGAGAGCAUAGCUAUGAACCCCGAGAGCUGUGGGGAGACAUUGAGGACAUCAUCAUCAAAACUAUCAUCUCGGCCCAUUCCGUUCUUCGCCACAACUACCGAACCUGUUUCCCCCAAUAUCUGAGUGGAGGUAUAUGUGCCUGUUUCGAGAUCCUUGGUUUUGACAUCUUGCUGGACCACAAACUGAAGCCCUGGCUGCUGGAGGUAAACCACUCUCCAAGCUUCACCACGGACUCACGUCUUGAUCGAGAAGUGAAGGAUGCACUUCUCUGUGAUGCCAUGACCCUUGUCAACCUCCGGGGCUGUGACAAGAAGAAAGUGCUGGAGGAGGACAAGCGGCGAGUCAAGGAGCGGCUUUUCCAGUACCACCAACAGCCACGAGAAGCCAGGCGAGAACAAACUCAGUUGUCCCAUGCAGCAAUGUUGGACCAGGAGCGCUAUGAGGAUUCCCACAUGGGCGGAUAUCAGCGGAUCUACCCUGGGCCUGACACAGAGAAGUAUGCACCCUUCUUCAAGCACAAUGGCUCCCUCUUCCAGGAGACUGCUGCUUCCAAGGCCAGAGAGGAAUGUGCCAGGCAACAACUGGAAGAGAUCCGCCUCAAGCAGGAACAGCAGGAGGCCUCCAGCAAUAGGAGGAGAAAGGAAAACAAGGACCAGAACCAAGGGGAGUCAGCCGGGGAGAGGAGCCGAUGCAAGAUGGGGCCUCGAGGCCUUUCCACCCACUUGAUUCACAGGAACCGGAUCCAGGAGAAAGAGCUGCUACCAGUGGACACCAUGCAGCCUCAGGAAAUUGUGGAAGAGGAGGAGCUGGAACGCAUGAAGGCCCUGCUACAAAGGGAGAAUCUCAUCCGUAGCUUGGGUAUUGUCGAGCAGCUCAACCGCAUGCUGCACACCAACCAUCGGGGCCAGAAAAAGCUCCUUGAGUAUCGGCCUAGAGUUCACCAGGAUGGGAUGGGCAGUCAAGAAAUGCAUUCUGUAAGUCUGGUCCCAUUGGUGAUCUUGAGAGGGGCCGCCACAGAACAGGGCCUUCCUCAUUUCCUGCAUCCAGUUCGGCCCCAGGAAUUGAUCCCCAGGAUCCUAGGGCCUCUGCCAAGCAUGAAUGCUGCAAUUCCACAUCAUUCCCAGUGCCAACUACAACCUAAGAACUUCAGUUGGAUGGGAGAUCCAGCAGCCAAAGGGCCCUGUUCACUGUCAAUGAAGAAAUGUGAACGGCGCUACUGUUCCAGCAGCAGCAGACUGGGGCUCACUAGCCAAGGACAAGCCAGCAGAAGGCUAGAAGCUAUAAACCGCGCCCUGGCAGGAUCAGUGCCACCCUCUUUAACCCCACAGCAGGGUUAUCUUCUACACCCGGAAAGAGUGGCAAGUGACUCCUGGGCUGCCUGCGCCAUGCCCUCCACGGUAGACUCUGAGCACAGAGCAGGCAAGGUGGGAGACCUCACCCUCUGCCCUGCCUCUGCACCCCUCCUACAGCGUUCCAGCGUACUCCUCAACUUCAGCCAUCACAGGUAA